AACAAGACAUGGAAAAGAGAUCGUGCUUCUACUUUAUAGAAUGUAUGAUCGUAGACUUGUUGAAAAAUGGACAGUUCGUAUGUGUGUGGUCUACUUCCGGUAAAUAAAAUUGAAGUAAUAGCUCUUAAAUGAGAGAUAUAGGAUUCAUAAAGAUCGAAUCAUAAAAAAAAAAAAAAAUAAAUAAAAAAAAAAUUAAAAAUAAAAUAAAUGGGAGUAUUUUGUUAGGUCUGAUCUUAUGGAUUUAGUUUUAAGCUUGAGUGAAGGGAGGUAUGUCCGUAAAGAUUGUCGGUGGUACAAUGAUAAUUAUGAUUAAAGAAAGAAUUAAAGAAAUUUUUCUUAAUACGAAGAAUGAUGUAUAAGUAAGAAUUAUAGUAUGGUAGUUGUAGUCGAUGUUCUAAUACUUUGAUAGGAAUAUUCAAAUAUGCUUUGUUCCGAAGAUUGUGAACGAAUUGCGUUACGCUUCUAGUUGAAGAGAACUAGACUCUGGACCCCGAGACUCUAAGAAGGGCGCGUAACGAUUCGGCGACGAUAGCUCCGUGGAAACUAGGAGCAAGAUGGCCGCCUGGUCGCGUGCCUGAGGAAUCGAUCACCCUAGCCAGUCAGUAGCGCGAUGUGCAGAUGACACCCACCGGCAACUCGGAGGAAGAUUUCAGGAUAUUCCAGGUCCUCUGUACCCCAGGAGGGGAGAUGAGUGAUCAGACUGACAUGAACACCACCCUGCGAAGCGAGCUUGCAGCCCUCCAGUACAAGAGGGACAGCCUCCUUCUACAGCUGCAAGAGGCGAAAUCGCAAGUGAGGAAGAAAGAAGAAAGAUGUGCCCAAUUGGAAGGAGAGACGGAACAGAUCAAAGAACAAGCCGCCAGGCAAAAUGUCGUCAUUGCUUCCCUCAGAAAGAGGAUACAGGUCAGUAGGACAAUAGCUAUUAUAUCUUAUAAUGUAUAA